AGUGGCUAUUUAAGGGGAACUGGAGUUCAGAAUACACAAGGCAGUCGCUUGGAAGUAUCAACUCUCACGUCCUCUGAGAGAGCUGUCGACAUGAAGACCCUCCUGCUGUUGGCGGUGAUCAUGGCCUUUGGCCUGCUGCAGGUCCAGGGCCAUUUGCUGGAUUUCCGGAAAAUGAUCCGGUUGAUGACAGGAAAGGAAGCUACAUCCAGUUAUGGCUUCUACGGUUGCCACUGUGGUGUGGGCGGCAAAGGAUCCCCCAAGGAUGCAACAGAUCGGUGCUGCGUUGCCCAUGACUGUUGCUACUAUCGUCUGCAGAAACGUGGGUGUGGUACCAAACUUCUGAACUACAAAUUUUCUUACCGCGGGGGCAAGAUCAUCUGCGCAAAACAGGACUCCUGUAGGAGUGAAUUGUGUCAAUGUGACAAAACAGCCGCCUCGUGUUUUGCAAGAAACCGGAAGACCUAUAGUAAAAAGUAUCAAUACUACAACAACAAGUCAUGCAGAGGGAAGACCCCCCGGUGCUGACAGCCCCCGACCCUGGGAGCCUCGCCGCCCAAUGCUGUAUCCUUCUCCAGCACCCUGCUCCCUGCCCGAUCCAAGUUCCCUGGCCAUGAAGGAACCACCAUCUCCCAUCCUAGAGACAAGCCAGGAGCCCUCCCAUCCCCAGACAGAAGUCUUCUAUCCAGAACAAGGAGCCUAAAGCCUGGCCCUUCUCCCAUCCGUGCCUGGCCCUUUCCCUCUGCUCCCUCAGCAUUUCCGCUCUCCUCCAAGUCCAGCUUCCUGCUCCGUAGUAGUAGCUACACUCCCAGGAGGCUCUUCUGAAUAAAGCAGUUCAUUGGCAAACUGU